AUGUGCUAAUCUUGUACCUUUUACCACAGUUUGCUCAAAUACUGUGUUUCAAGAUAAAACAAAGCUAAUUAAGGAAAUGAAAUCUUGAAGCUUGCUCGUGGUGCAGCCCUUAAUAGAUUUUGGAAAUUAAUAUCUCAAUAGUUGAACUCUUACCUCUUUUGCAUCUGUUUGUUUUUUCCACAGGUACUUCCUUUCUGACUUUGAGUAGCAGAGAAAAACUAAAGACCUUGAAGAAAGACACCUACAGCCCCUUGCUUGGCAGAAACAAUGCUGCAGCGAUGAGAUUACAGUGAGCCCUUCCUGUGUGGCCUCCAUGGGUCCCACUCAACUCAGCACACAGGAUCAUGGGAAGAGGGUGGCAAGUGUAUUUGAGAUGGAGGAGGAAGGGCUUUCGCUCUUCCCUGGCUCAGAGAACCCCCCUGAGCAUGCAGUAGAAAAUCCCCCCUUGAAGCGGAAGAAGGGCCCAGCCCCGAAGAUGCUGGGAAACGAAGUGUGCAGCGUGUGUGGGGACAAGGCCUCUGGCUUCCACUACAACGUGCUGAGCUGUGAAGGCUGCAAGGGCUUCUUCCGCCGCAGCGUCAUCAAGGGAGCACAGUACCUCUGCAAGAACGGCGGCAAGUGCGAGAUGGACAUGUACAUGCGGCGCAAGUGCCAGGAGUGCCGGCUGCGCAAGUGCCAGGAAGCGGGCAUGAGGGAGCAGUAUGUUCUGUCUGAAGAACAGAUCCGACUGAAGAAACUGAAGAAGCAGGAAGACGAUCAGGCUCGGACAGUUGUGGUGCGUCCAAACCCUCCGAAUCCGCCAAGCCCUUCCCACAAACUAACGCCGGAACAGCUGAACAUGAUAAAAAAGCUUGUGGCCGCUCAGCAGCAGUGCAACCAGCGCUCAUUCACAGACAGGCUCAAAGUGACGCCGUGGCCCCAGAUUCCUGACCCUAAUAACCGUGAAGCGAGGCAGCAGCGUUUUGCUCACUUUACAGAACUUGCAAUUAUCUCUGUGCAAGAGAUUGUGGACUUUGCCAAGCAACUACCUGGCUUCCUGGAGCUCACCAGGGAAGAUCAGAUUGCUUUAUUGAAGACAUCUACAAUAGAGGUGAUGUUACUGGAGACAUCUCGGCGCUAUAAUCCAGAGAUUGAGAGCAUCACCUUUCUUAAGGACCUGAGCUAUAAUCGGGAUGACUUCGCCAAAGCAGGUCUGCAGUUUGAGUUCAUUAACCCCAUCUUUGAGUUCUCAAAGGGAAUGAAUGAGCUACAGCUUAACGAUGCUGAAUAUGCACUUUUAAUCGCCAUCAACAUUUUCUCUGCAGACCGACCGAAUGUGCAGGACCAGUCCUUGGUGGAGAGGCUGCAGCACACCUAUGUGGAAGCCCUUCAUUCUUACAUUUGCAUCAACAGACCAAAUGACCGCCUGAUGUUUCCACGGAUGUUAAUGAAGCUGGUCAGUCUUCGGACACUAAGCAGUGUCCACUCUGAACAGGUGUUUGCCCUUCGGCUGCAGGACAAGAAACUCCCUCCUCUGCUCUCAGAAAUCUGGGAUGUGCAUGAGUGACCGCAUGCUCCCAGAAUGCUGACGCGCUGACAUAAUGCCAUCUCCCAGCCUUUGCUAAUGAGAAGCCAGCCUCUCCUCUCCAAAGCACUGAACCCUGGGCUAGGCAUGCAGGGAGUGAUGAGCCCGGGGUUUCAAUGUUGUCGUGAGAUAUGCAGGAGGCAGCUGGGGUAGAUCAGGUGGAGGGGUUGGUUUUGAGGUAGUGCCCAUACCCCAAAGGAAUAACGUGAAACAUUUGAAAACGGUAGAAAUGAAGACCUUUCCCCCUGCCCCCCAAGUCCUCUUUCUUCAGAGUCUUUCUCUUCUCUAAGCAUAUGCUGAAGGUUUGCCCUUUGAUCCUCUUCUCACUGAUUAUGAAAAUGAAUUUGCAGGAACUUGCCAAAAGCUCUCUAUUGAGAGUAACCCAGCUCGAAAGGCUUCUGCAGGGUCCCCAGUGUACCUGGAUCUGAGGAGCUCAGGGAAGUCAGUGUGGAUGUUCUAUGGGUUUCACUGGGUUUCCUAUAAAUAAAAUCUCUUGAAUGUGCUGCCCUCUACAAUGAUUCCAAGAGAAGUAGCUUUUAUUUCUUUAUUAUGAGACUUCAUCUCUAGAACUGCCCUUUAUUCUGACCCUCCUUUGGAAAAAGGAUUCCUCUAAUAUGUAGUGCCCUUUGUCUAACAGGGAGAUUCUCUGGGUAGGGAACGUUCGUACAUCAAAAAGAUGUCAGGCAUAAAGUAGUGGACUUUUUUUUAAUAUAACGCAUCACAGUUUUAUCUCGUGGUUCUCAGACACUUCAAUUUACCUUUGAUUUGCUAACAGCUGGAAAACUUUAGUUCAAAACAAAUCAGGGCAUAGAUUUUAUCUUUAGGAGUGGAAUAGAAGAAAGAUAGGUGGGAAGGACUGGUACCUAGGUGAGGUAGGUGUGGUGGAAGGAUCUCAAAAACUUCCAAGAAUCUGAAGCAUGUGGUAUGUAUUCCAAGGUGGGUGUGAAGAUGUAUUGGCCAAGGAGAGAGGACACACUGCAUUUAGUGAAAUAUGUGGGCAUUGCAUAAGCUAUGGGCUGCACAACUCUCAGAUCAUGGGCUGCAGGAAUAUUGCGUGUAAUCAGAUCCACUUGCGUUGUCUUCCUUUUGCCAAAGUCUUUCCAAGGUUUUAGGGAUGAUAAUGGGAUAUGGAGGUCCCUCCUGUGUGAGGAGUGCCAACUGCUUUAGAAGGACACUUGGGUCUUGUAUCCUUUCUUCACUUCGGGCAUUGUGAGAUCCACACUGGAUUAUGCCCCAGGUUUUUAAGUAUCCACAUUCAUAAGUAUUCUAGAAUUUACAGCAAUAUUUUGUCUGACAGAAGAGAAAUAUACUGUUGUAAAACAUGUUCCUUACUUUCCAAGAAACAUCAUCUUAUGGCUGAUCUCAGAGAUGUAACCUUAAGUAUCCUGGUAGUUUGGUCUCAUGAGUCUUCUCUGUCAUAGGGGUCUAUGUUUGCUUGCCCAGUGAGCAUCCCAAGAGCAUAGGUUCACAUGGCUCGGGGUUUUUUUGUUUGUCUUUUUUGGUUUGUUUGUUGUUGUUUUUUUUGGCUGUGUAUCUGAGCGCUAUGCCCGUGGUGAGGGUAUCGUGUCCAUUUUGCACUUGAGGUUGGUCCCCUGCCACUGGCCUUCACUCUGCACCUUUGUAAAGCACUUGUAACAAUCUGUAAAAUAAUCUGUUGUUUUUUAUAACUCAUUGCAAUUGCAAAAAUUCUUGUUUAAAUCUGUAUUUUUAACUAAUCUGUUUGAGAAAUGUUAAUGUUUAUAUAAAAGAAUAAAGCCUAAUACAGGA